GUAUAUAACUGGGCUGCUCCUUUCCUACAGCCUGUUCGGUUCUUGUCUGAGCCUUGCAAGCAUGUCUGGUCGCGGCAAAGGCGGAAAGGGUUUAGGUAAAGGCGGCGCCAAGCGCCACCGCAAGGUGCUGCGCGACAACAUCCAGGGCAUCACCAAGCCCGCCAUCCGGCGCCUGGCGCGGCGCGGCGGCGUGAAGCGCAUCUCCGGGCUCAUCUACGAGGAGACGCGCGGGGUGCUCAAGGUCUUCCUGGAGAACGUGAUCCGGGACGCCGUCACCUACACGGAGCACGCCAAGCGCAAGACGGUCACGGCCAUGGACGUGGUCUACGCGCUCAAGCGCCAGGGCCGCACCCUCUACGGCUUCGGCGGCUGAGGUGCCCAUUCCUUCCUUCGUAUCUACCUGACUGUCUCCACCAAAGGCCCUUUUCA